ACCCGUGUCUUCCAUUGUGGUAUGCUCUGGGGAUGUAAAUAGAAAAAGCAAGAUAACUCACUUAAAUGUGGAAAGACAUCAUCUAUGGAGAUUGCAGCUUUAAUGAGGUUGGAAAGAUUCAGAAGUCUUGAAGUUUCAUUGAAAAAUCUGAUUAUCAUGCAUAAAAGGCACCAUAGCGGGGUGCAAUGGACAGCCUUGGAAGACAGUGGUAAGUCCCAUGUUAGGACCUAAUAAUCUUUUAUUUUACCAGAAAGAUUAAAAUUGGUGACUCCUAGCUCCCUCAUGAUCUGAGAUCAUUCCUACCAUGAUUCCAGGGGACCUAGCCCAUUACCACUGGGAAGCAGAGGAUAGACUGUACUUGAAUUGAUUAACUUAACCUUAUUCCACUUGGAUGUGGUGCUAUUAUUUAUGUUUAUUUCUCCAAUGGUUUGCCUUUAUGCUUUUUUAGAUGAAUUUUAGUACUGAUGGCUUCUCACAUAAUGUUUUUCAAUACACCAUUUUAGCAAGCAUCAGUUUCAUAGAUGAGUUUCAUUUCAUUUUACCAAAAAGAGGAAGAAAUACUUUUCUGUGGCUAGAUUUGUCUGUCAGUUGCUGCUCUCUCAGCCACCCACGAACUGGUCCUUGGGACUUCCCACUGUUGCUUUAACACAAAUCAAAAUUAGACACCAAUCACUAGUUCCAUGAAGGCAGUUGCAAAAAGAGGAGCAAUAAAUAUACUGAAAAACUUGAUUUUUUUUUUUUAGCAAAACGCCAUCUCAAGGAAGAUUUGCAGACAUUUAGGGGUGAAAAGAGCUACAGAGCUUGCUCCCUCCACGGUCAAUUGCUGUGUUUCCACUGUGCCUCAGGAGCAGUUAGGCUGGAGAAGUUUUGAGGCUUGGAGAGAAUAAGUCACUUGCCUAGAGUCACAUAACUUGCAGGUCUUUCUAGGAAUGCUUUCAGAAGCAUAUCUCAUUGGAAUUGCCUACUGGUCUGAUAACCACCUGACUUAUACUCCUAAUGAUGAACAAGUUGCUGAGGAAAAGGCAAGUGAGAUGAACUCUGCCAGUAGUAUUCCCUGUUCAUCUGCAGAUGAAGCACAAGGCAAAAGUCUUCACUGGACAUGCCAGCCUCCUGGAAAGUUUAUUUCUUCAAUUCGUUCAAGAGAAAACCAACAUAGCUGGAAACAAAAAAUCUCAGUGCUGGAAUCAAAUCAGAACCCUGUCUUUGAAUGGCAAACUUCUCAUGGAGCUGAAGACUGUGGAGACUCCAAUAUGAGCAGAGAAACAUACUUGGUGCCUCCUUCCUGUAAAAGUAUUUGCAAGAAUUAUAAUGAUUUACACAUUGCCGGGGGCCAAGUCAUGGCCAUCAACCUAGCUGCAACAGAUUCUACCUUGGACAGCAGCUUUGAAUUUGGCCCAUUUUUGAAAUCUUCAGAAAUUCCUUUGCCUAUGGAAGAAUCCAUUUCAACUCAGUUCAGUGACUUGCCCUGCAAACCUCUUCAAAGGCACUCAUCUUAUUGGCGAAUAACCAGCAUCAAGGACAAAAGUAUUGUGCCACUUCAGAAGCCUCUUUCCAAUGCCAUGCUGAAUGAAUAUUUGGAACAGAAGGUAAAGGAGUUAUAUAAACAGUAUAUCAUGGACACCGUAUUUCAUGACAGUUCUCCUAUUCAGAUUCUGGGAUCAGAGCUCAUCAUGACAAGCGUGGAUCAAAUCAGUCUACAGAUUUCCCGGGAGAAAAAUUUAGAGGCCAUGAAGGCCAAAGAUAUGGUCAUUAACUGCCUCUUACGACUGGUCUCUACUGAAAUCAGCACCCCUAGUCUGCAUAUUUCCCAAUAUAGCAAUGUGAAUCUAUGAAAAAGAUAUCAUAAUUUCUCUUACAGUCAAACUCAUAGCUGCAUUUUAUUUAAUUCUUUCUUAAGCUCUAUGGGGGGGGGGGACAGGCAUUAGGAAUAUAUGGAUCAAAACAUGGAGUAGUUAUGUAUAUAAUGUGAAUCAGAGAUGUGAACUGAAAGUGAAAAGGAUGUGAAGGAAGAAUACCAGGAAAGCUAUAUGAACUAUUUUAAAGAACAGCAACUAAACAAGAGAAAAGUAGCAGAAAAAAGGAGAAAAUAAAUGUCAAGCUUAUGUAACAUUUCAAAAGAAGAAAAAUAAAUCAAUGGUCAAAGGAAAACAAACAAA